AUGAAGAAAAUUGCUGCACUACACGAGAUCUCGUUGGGACGACGCAACAGAGCCAACAUUGAAUCUGUACUUUUUGACCACGACUGCGCCGAAUGCCCACGAUAUGUGACUUCGUUGGAGAUUGUUCCGGGUAAAAGGCUAGUUAAAAGGCAAUUGAAUAAGAGACGAUCCGGGAAAACAAGAUUUCCUGUCCACUUACCUGAUGACAAUAUCACAGAUAAGGACGACAUUAAAUUCCCUCCUUUGCCGCUUGAUGACUUGGCGACUGAACGAAUUAUACGUGGUGCCUGUGCAAAACUCAGUCCCUCCGUAUUUGAAGAGUCCGGAUGUGCCGUAUGUGGUAUCUUGCACUCCACGAAGUCAAUGCUCCCGAUUUCCAGCAUUCGAAACCUGCUUCAUGUCUUGGAAUCUCCCGGGGUAACACGGAAAGAGCGACGCAAUACGAACGAGGCCAUUGAGUCCUGCAAAGGUCCUGUCUUGGAUCGAAAAUGUGAUAAGAGCUCGCUUGUCUGCGUUACGCAGAACGCCUCCUGGUUGCAAGAGUUCGACACUCUUGAAAACCUGGAAUCAUAUCCUGAAGAUGCACCUCCCGUUGCGGUGGAAUACGUUCAUUCAACCACCAACAAGUCACCGGAAAAUUCAAGUUUAUUCGAUAAGGAUGAGGAGGACGGUACAGCAGAGGGAGACUCAUCUGAACAGACGGGGUAA